AUGACAAUCGACCGUUUCUCAAAUAUCGCCUUCCUUCCGAACGACAUUUGGGUGGCAAUAAUCAUUCAAGUUGCGUCAAACUCCAUUCGCGACGUGUGCAGUCUCAGAAUGACCUGUAAGGCUGCACGAGAUGCGGGAGAGGCCGAUAUUAUUCACCGCAGUGUUUUCAUCCCACCACCGCAUGCCACGCCGUGGUGGUGGUGCCUCAACCCGGAGGCAAGGAGAUUCUUGGAUCGCUGCAUGGCAGCUGGCAAUCCAGAGCUUCUGUUUCGGGAGGCGCUUCGGGAACUAUUCAUCAGAUGCCAUGUAGCAGCCAAAUACGCACUGUCGAUGACAUUGCUGCUUCGCAGGGACGACAACAACAGAAAACAAAAAGGGCUGGAACUGUAUCGCGAGCUUGAUGCGGUUGGUUCACUCGCUGAUUAUAACGCAAUGCGUUUUUCAAUUCUGACAAUCUCGUAG